UGACACCCGCGCAUGCGCACUGUGCAAGUGGUUAUCGCGGGAUAUUUUACGAUUCUUGAUAACUAUCAUAAACAAUGGAAUUAUUUAUAACAGAAAACGGGAAAUACAGAAUAGAAUCACUGUCACCUACCACCUUCCCCGGAGCGCUGAGAAUUAUAAGAGAUGUAUUUUGUCAAGACGAAAACGUGUCGAUAGGUUCAGAGGUCCACAAGAAUCUAAAAGCAGCGGAAGAACUUCUAGAACUUUGCGCAGAUGCUGCACUGGAUGGGGUCUCGUUAGUUGCUAUUGAAAUAAACACAGGGGAAGUGGUUUCUGUGUCUUUUAAUAAAAUACAGAUUCAAACGACGGAUGCGUCGGAAAAGCCGUUCUUCGAUAUAUUCGCCGAGGAGCGCUGCACCCAGGCCUCAUCCCGCUCGCUUAUACAAUUUAUGGCCAACGUCGAUGCAAGGUGCAAUUUUUUCAAAAAAUUUGGUGUCGACUGCAGCCUCGAAGUGAUGUUCUUAGCAACACACCGGGAACACAGAAAACAAAGACUAGGAACCUUGUUAUGCAAAUAUUCCAUAGAUGUUGCACGAAAAAUAAGGGACGGCCCAUUUGCACCGCUGGAAGUGAAAGAUCUUGGCCGAAUAUAUUCCCAUUUACAACCGCGUAAACCGAUUGAAACGUACCCAAAGAUUUGCCAAGCUAUUUGGACGUCGGAAGGUUCUCAAAGAAUUGGAAAAGUAUUAAAUUUCACCGUGCACUUGACAGUACCUUUUUCGGAUUUCGUAUUUGAUGGCAAAACUUAUUCGGAGCGCAUUGGGGAUGAUUCCGCAUUCUGUGAAGUAGCCGCUUUAACUCUGUGAUAUCAAUAGAAAAACAAUACCAUUAUAAAACAAAAUUGGAGA